AUGGCUACCACAGAAAGCAUCCUGCAGGGCGUCAGCGUCGCGGGCGCCGUGACGGCGGAGCACAAGGAGAAGAUCCUGACGCCGGCGGCGCUCGCGUUCCUGGCGCUGCUGCACCGGUCGUUCGACGGCACGCGGCGGGCCCUGCUGCAGCGCCGCGUCGCGCGCCAGGUCGAGCUCGACCGCGGCGUCCUGCCCGACUUCCUGCCCGAGACCGCCCACGUGCGCGACAACCCGACCUGGAGGGGCGCGCCGCCCGCGCCCGGGCUCGUCGACCGCCGCGUCGAGAUCACGGGGCCGACCGACCGCAAGAUGGUCGUUAAUGCGCUGAACUCGAAUGUCUGGACUUAUAUGGCUGAUUUUGAGGACUCUAGCGCCCCAACAUGGGGCAACAUGAUCAAUGGGCAGGUGAACCUGUACGACGCCAACCGGCGCGCCGUGGACUUCAAGCAGGGGGCCAAGGAGUACAAGCUGCGGCAGGACCGCACACUACCAACACUGAUCGUGCGGCCGCGGGGGUGGCACCUGGACGAGAAGCACGUCACGGUCGACGGCGAGCCCGUGUCGGGCUCGCUCUUCGAUUUCGGGCUGUACUUCUUCCACAACGCCGCCGAGAGCGUGCGCCGCGGCACGGGCCCCUACUUCUACCUGCCCAAGAUGGAGUCGCACCUCGAGGCGCGCCUGUGGAACGACGUCUUCAACCUCGCCCAGGACUAUAUCGGGAUGCCGCGCGGCACCAUCCGCGGCACUGUGUUGAUUGAGACUAUUCUUGCUGCCUUCGAGAUGGACGAGAUCAUCUACGAGCUGCGCGACCAUAGCUCCGGUCUUAACUGCGGACGCUGGGAUUACAUCUUUAGUACUAUCAAGAAAUUCCGCCAGAACCCCGAUUUCGUCCUGCCGGAUCGCAGCGCUGUUACUAUGACGGUGCCGUUUAUGGAUGCUUAUGUCAAAUUGCUCAUCCAGACCUGCCAUAAGCGCGGUGUUCACGCUAUGGGUGGUAUGGCUGCCCAGAUCCCCAUCAAGGAGGACAAGGCAGCCAACGACAAGGCGAUGGACGGUGUACGUGCGGACAAGCUGCGAGAAGUGCAAGCGGGCCAUGAUGGAACGUGGGUAGCGCACCCGGCCCUCGCGGCCAUCGCGUCCGAGAUCUUCAACAAGCACAUGCCGACGCCGAACCAGCUGUUCGUUCGCCGCGAGGACGUCGAGAUCGGCCAGAGCGACCUGCUCAACAUGAACGUGCCCGGCAAGAUCACCGAGGACGGCAUCCGCAAGAAUUUGAACAUCGGCCUUGGAUAUAUGGAGGCGUGGAACAGGGAAGACGCAGCCACAGCCGAGGUGUCCCGCUCGCAGCUCUGGCAGUGGGUGCGCCACGGCGUCACGACGGCCGAGGGCAAGAAGGUCGACAAGGCGUACGCGCUCCGGCUGCUCCAGGAGACGACGGAUCAGCUCGCCGCCGCCGCGCCCAAGGGGAACAAGUUCUCCCUUGCGUCCCAGUACUUCGCCGGCCAGGUCACCGGCGAGGACUACGCCGACUUUUUGACCUCGCUGCUGUAUAAUGAGAUCACGGCCGUGGGGAAUGCGGCGCCGGCUAGUAAGUUGUAA